CCCGGCGGCGGGCGCGGCGCGGGCGGCAGCAUGGUGGAGAAGCGCUGCCCGUUGCAGAGGGACGGCGUGUACCGCUGGUUCUCCGAACUGCCGUCGCCGCAGCGCGUGGAGUUCCUGUGCGGCCUGCUGGACCUGUGCAUCCCUCUCGAGUUGCGCUUCCUCGGCUCGUGCCUGGAGGACCUGGCACGCAAGGACUACCAUUCGCUGCGCGACUCGGAGAUUAAGGCCAACAACCCGGCGGACCUUGGCAGCCUCACCAACCUGACAGACGAGGUGGUGCGUAGCAAGCUGCUGGUGUCGCUGGCGCUGCUGGGCUCGGAGCAGCGCGAGGCUGCGGGCGUGUUGUACCGCACGCUCACGCACACCGACUCCAUCAUCCACAACUACGGGCUGCAGCUCAACGAGGGACGCACGGGCGAUGAGUUCCUUCUGCUCUUCACCAUGGCCUCCAACCACCCGGCCUUCAGCUUCCAUCAGAAGCAGGUGCUGCGCCAGGAGCUCACGCAGAUCCAGAGCAGCCUGAACGGCAACGGCGGCGGCGGCGGCGGUGGCGGCGGCAAGAGCGCGCCCGGGCCCGGCGGCGCUCUGCCCACCUGCUCCGCCUGCCACAAGAUGGCGCCCAGAACCGAGACCCCUGUCAGCAGCAUCAGCAACAGUCUGGAGAAUGCAUUGCAUACAUCAGCACAUUCCACGGAGGAGUCCCUGCCCAAGAGGCCUUUGGGAAAACAUGGCAAAGUGAGUGUUGAAAAAAUAGACCUGAAGGGAUUAUCACACACAAAAAAUGACAGAAGUGUCGAGUGUUCCUUUGAGGUCUUAUGGUCUGAUUCUUCAAUAACAUCAGUAACCAAGUCUUCCUCAGAAGUGACUGAAUUUAUUUCAAAGUUAUCCCAGCUCUACCCUGAAGAGAACUUGGACAAACUCAUUCCUUGCUUGGCUGGCCCAGAUUCCUUCUAUGUGGAGCGCAACCAUGUGGAUUUGGAAGCAGGUCUGAGGUACUUGGCUUCCAUACCUUCACACACACUGAAACAUGACCACGUUAGGAAGUUCUUCAGCACUUCGUCUCCCACCCAACAGCUCCAAAGUCCAAGUCCUGGCAACCCCUCCCUUCCUAAAGUAGGUGCCAUGAUGGGCGUGUCUGGGAGGCCUGUGUGUGGAGUGGCUGGCAUUCCAUCCUCGCAGAGCAGCGCCCAGCACCACCUGCCUCACUCGGCCAGUGCGUCUGCUUCCCUGCCCCACUGCUCCCACACAGCGGGGACAGGCUCGGCACUGGCUUACCGGACCCAAGUGGACAACUCGCCUACCAUCCUGAUGCCCUCUAGUCUGCAGGCCCCUCAGCCCCAGGAGCAAAAUGGGAUUUUAGACUGGCUUAGGAAGCUGCGUUUGCACAAGUAUUACCCUGUCUUUAAACAGCUCACCAUGGAGAAGUUCCUGAGCCUUACUGAAGAAGACCUGAAUAAAUUUGAGUCCCUCACCAUGGGAGCAAAGAAAAAGCUCAAGACUCAGUUGGAGCUGGAAAAGGAGAAGUCAGAGAGACGGUGCCUCAACUCCUCAGCCCCAUCCUUGGUCACCAGCAGUGGAGUGGCCCGAGUCACCCCCACCAGCCACGUGGGGCCUGUGCAGCCUGGGCGUAGCAGCCAUGCUGCAGAGCUGCGGGUGGAGGUGGAGCCACCGGCUCACCAGCUGCCCCGGGAAGGCAGCUCCUCAGAGUAUUCCAGCUCUUCCUCUAGCCCCAUGGGUGUGCAGGUGCGAGAGGAGAGUUCAGACAGCGCUGAGGAGGGCGAUAGACGUGUGGACAUACAUGUUGAGGGUACUGAUAAGGAGAAGCCUGUGAUGUUGCUGACUCACUUCCCAUCCAGCUCUGCCAGACCCACGGCCCAGGUUCUGCCUGUGCAGAAUGAGGCUGGCUCCAGCCCUGCAGGUCACCAUCCCCUGCCCCCACAGCUGAUGCCUGCAGCUUCACACCUGGCACCUGUCCGCAUGCUGAACUCUGUGCACAAGUCGGACAGAGGCAGCACGGAUGUGAAGCUCCUCUCAUCCUCUGUCCACUCCCUUCUGUCCUUGGAAGAAAGGAAUAAGGGGCCUGGCCCUAGAAGUGGCACAAAAGUAGACAAGAGCUUUGGUGGCCCUGUGCUGGACACACUGCCCUCAGCGGCACCCCAUCCGCCAGUACAGGUCCUCUCGGGCCUUGUGGAGAACAACUCUGUGUCACCCACGGUCUCCUUUGGUCCCCGGGCCAAAGUUGUGCAUGCGGCCACACUGGACAGGGUGCUGAAGACAGCGCAGCAGCCAGCCCUGACUGUGGAGACCAGCUCAGCCGCCACAGGGACACCGAGCACCGUCCUGCAUGUGGCCCGGCCGCCCAUCAAGCUGCUGCUGUCCUCCUCCGUCCCUGCUGAUGCUGCCAUCUCUGGGCAGACUUCUUGCCCCAACAACGGGCAGAUCAGCGUGCCCCCUGCAAUAAUCAACCCCCGGACUGCUCUGUAUACAGCCAACACCAAAGUUGCCUUCUCUGCAGUGAGCAGUGUGCCUGUGGGCCCACUGCAGGGCAGCUUCUGCGCCAACAGCAACACUGCCUCCCCCAGCAGCCACCCCUCCACAUCUUUUGCGAGCAUGGCCACUCUGCCCAGUUGCCCUGCCCCCAGUUCCAGCCCUGCCCUCUCCUCUGUCCCUGAAAGCAGCUUCUACAGUGGUGGUGCUGGCAGCAGCUCCCCAGGAAACAUUCCUGCCUCAAGUCAGAACCACCACCACCACCACCACCAUCAGCAGCCCCCCGCACCCCCACAGCCUGCGCCGCCCCCACCUGGCUGCAUUGUGUGCACGUCCUGUGGGUGCAGUGGCAGCUGUGGCUCCAGUGGCCUGACUGUCAGCUAUGCCAACUACUUCCAGCACCCAUUCUCUGGGCCAUCCAUGUUUACCUUCCCUUUCCUGCCCUUCAGUCCCAUGUGCAGCAACGGCUACGUCAGCACCCAGCAGUACGGUGGCGGCUCUGCCUUCCCUGUUGUGCACGCGCCCUACAGUGGCAGUGUGACUCCGGACCCCGUCCUAGGUGGGCAGUCCACUUUCGCGGUGCCACCCAUGCAGAACUUCAUGGCUGGGACAGCAGGGGUGUACCAAACCCAAGGCCUGGUGGGCAGCACCAACGGCUCCAGUCACAAAAAGAGUGGCAAUCUGUCCUGUUACAACUGUGGAGCUACUGGCCACCGCGCUCAGGAUUGCAAGCAACCGUCCAUGGACUUCAACCGGCAAGAACAUUUUAUUAAGCCAUGAAAAAUCACAUAGAGAACUGAAGUCAAGUUGCUAUGGAGCCAUGGAGACCUAAGGAAAAUCACAUAGAAAACUGAAGUCGAGUUGCUGUGGAGCUUAAUAUUUUUAACCCAAAGGUGCUUUACUUUACUAUACUGGAUAGAGAAUCUAGCAUAGAAGUGUGUCAAACUCGAUUUCAUUGCCAAAAUCCUAGUUUGGAGCUUGAUAUAAGGACUGCCUAGUAGACAUCUCCACAGCAGUGAUGUGGCCACCACACCGUUGUUGCAGUAUGGAGACCUGUCUCCUGAAGAUCGCUGGUCCUUCUAGGCUCACACAUAAAUUCCAGGGCAGCUAUGCACGACCUGAGUUAAGACUGCAGGUCGGAGUUCUCUCAAGUGGAGUUCCCCAGUCGGAUCCAAGACCCCUUUGGGCUAGGAAGUGCCAACUGGAUUUUGCUGUUUCCUAGAGUGGGAGCCUCAUGUCUGGCUUCUUAAGGAUUGCACUACCUGACAAGGACCCUUUCAGUCUGGGAGGCAGACUCUUCUGGGACCCGACAAGUAGGGGACUCCAUCAGUGGGCAUUGGAGUUGGCACCAGCAGGCUGCUCGGCCUAGUACACCCAGAGGUCGCAGGGUGUCCUUCUGCAGACACUUGGAGCAGUUCCAGGUUUUUAAUAUUUUUUUCUGUAAACAAAUUUACACAAUAUUAGUAGAUAAGACAUAGCUCACUCUUGACAACUUCGUUUCUAAGGGUCCAAGUCCCAGGGAAUCCAGUCACCGAGGCUUGAGACCACCCCUCCCAUUGGUGGCUUUGAGCCUGCUCUCUCCAAACAAGAACCAACUCCUGAGGACAUGGGAAUGACUCGACUUUGUGAGUUGGCUUUGACCGAUGCUCCUCAUUCUUCAGGAAGCUGGCAAGUUGUCGUGUCUCAAAUGGCUUCCCCCAGGACCCCAGCCCCAGAGCUUACUGCUGAUGAAUUUACACUUGAGACAGACAUUCAGCAGUAAUACAGUCCUGUGAUUUAUGAACAAGACUGGAAACUGUCAGCUUCUUUUGUGGUAGGCUGUGUGUUGAUAGUUAAUUCCGUUAAAAUUGCCUGGAAAACUUCAGUAGAGAGAUGCAAGACUCCUCGAAACCACUCACCAGUUAAAGUCCAGACCAGGGGUGGGGGUGGGUCCUCACUCCUCAACAGGGUAUGAACGUUUCAACCCACCACAACGGAAGCAUGAGGGGCUUAGACCUUCGAGGUUAAAGGGAAUUUUAUGCUCAAAUAAUAUUUAAAAUGCUGAAGCCUUCGGUGUUAAAAAAUUAAUGGUAAGAUCUUGCCAAGGAUUUUCCAGCUUCGUAUUUAUGGAGAAGAAAAUCUCAGUCCUUAGACCAUUCUUCAGAUGGGACAAUCACCCUCAUGCAAAAUUAGUGUAAAUCACAAAAUACCCUAUAACUGGAGGCGCUGUGAUGCAAGGUUUCAUAUUCUAAGAUGGGCUUUCUAUCCGUGGAGACCCACACGGAAGGCUUGAGUGUUGUCGAUUCUAUGCAAUGCAGGAUUGAUAGACCUCUGUUCUGUCCAUGGCACACAGUAUCACAUCUGUUCUGAGGUGAUGGUGAUGAGGCGUUAGGGGAUGCACUGUUGAUCUCUCACUCAGUAACACUACAAAUGUCAAAUACAAGAACUGACACAACUUUGCCUUAAAGAGCACCAGACUGGGAUUGGUCGCAUUGUGUUAAUAAGGAAGACUUAGAGUGUUCAUUGAUGUUUACGAUUUUAAUAUUUCUGAAGGCCGUUACAGUGGCCUGGAUAUGUGCUGAAAGCCAAACUUUUAAAUUUUUUGGUUUUUUUAAACAAAGAAAUAUUUUAAAUAAAUCCUAUUUCAACACAGAAAUUGUUGAAAACUGUCUCAUAGCAAAAGAAAAAAAUCAUAUUUAAGUUUUUUGUUUUGUGGUCAGUAUAGGGAAUGGAAGUGUCUUGUUACCCUUUCAGCUGUUAACCUGAAAGACAGUCUGCUGUGGCAUCUCCCACAUGACUUGGCAUUCAGCUGAGGCAAGUGAGCCCCAGCACCAUCUCCGCUGUCCAGACAGAAGUCUGUGUCUGGAAGCCGCCGGUUGUCUUUGGAAGAGCUUGUGUGGUGUGGCAUUUCUGUGAAGCCGGCAAGGAUUGUAUCACGCAAAGGAGCAUGCACAACAUGGGAUCGUGAGCAGAUGUUUGUGGGUGGGGCUCACUCCCAUAGCCUGUAGAGGCCAUCAACAUGGCCAACACUUUCACUGGGAGACUUGUUACACACCAAACAGACCAGCCCUUUCCAGUCAUUUUCCUAAAACUGUGUCAGGUGGCAGUGGUACCCAGGUGGGCAUAGCCCCGGGACUGCGGCGUCAGUUCGAAUCCUGUGUUAACAUCUCAGGGUAGGAAGUGGGAUAUUCAGAUAGGAAGGAGGGCACGAUGUUAUGACAAAACAGCUAUGUGACCUUUUUGUUGUUUAAGCAAACUACUCAAUUUUCUACCUUCCUUUCUAGUUUUUAUUUCAUGCUUGAUAGCGAAAAUUGAAGUGUUUUAAUGUUGAAAACUCCUAACUUCUGAAGAGCACUGAGGAGUGGGAGCUAGCUCUUACAAUAAAGACAAAAUACUUCUUCAACAUAUAUACGGUUGGGUAUUAGGAAACCAGCGGCAUGCUCAUCUCGCAAAGAUGACAGCAGCUGGCCUGUUAAUGCAAUAGUUAGCAGCUUCCGUGUGGAGCUCGUCAGGCUUCCGGUCCUGCGCGCAGGUCAGCCUGGGGUGUACCACGCGCACAUCAGAGGCAUUCGCAGUGGCGGUACCUUCGCCUACAUGUGUGCCAUGACAGUCCCUUGAGGACAGCCCGAUGGGAACUGGGUCUCUCCGCACUCCGUCCCUGUCACUCUAUCUUGCUUCCCUGGCAUUUGGUCUGACACAUGCUAGUUUUACAGCCAGCUAACGGGUGACAUUACUUGCUAAAGUCUUAAAAGGUUGUAGGGACUCUGUCUGCUCAGCCUCAUCCCCAAGGGCAGUCUUGGGGAGCCUGAGCAGGGAGAGCUGUCCUUUCCAAAGCGUAGAUGACUCCCAUAGAGCAAGUCAGGUGGCCUAAGAAACCAUGGGGUCCAGAGACUGGACUGCUGGCUUGUCCGAGUUUGACUGAAUGCAGCACCUGUAGUCAACACUUGGCAAUAUUUCAGAAAACCACAUACUGUACUGGCAAGGCCAGGUCCAGGUCACUGCCCUACCACAAGGCCGGCAGUGGCCCAGCCCUCAGCACAGGUCAGUUCUCACGCACACACACAGAGGAGAUGUUGGUACCAAGACUGAAACCUUCAGAUUCUAUUGGGCAUAUUUUCUUUUUAGGAAUGAAGGACAAUUCUCCCCAUUUUUGAGCCAUUCUUUUGUCAAUUCUACAAAAUUGCAUGUAACUUUAUAAAUAUUUUUAAAAGAUAUAGUUUUGUAAAUAUUUAAUAUUCUGCUAAUUUGAUUUUGAAUUGUAAAUGUCAAGUAUUCUGUUUUUGGGGUUUUUAUGUUUUAUUAUACUUUGUUAAAAAGGAAAAAUUGUACAUUUUUAGACUGUUUUUAUGAGUAAAUUUAAUGUACGGAAAAUAAAAAUUAAAAAAAAAACUCAAGUGUU